AUGCUUCGAUUACUAAUUGCUGUAACGUUUUUGCAAUUUGUCUUGCCCUACAGCUAUAACAAUGCUGGAAAUUUGGGAUGCAUUGUAACGAAAAACAUUCUUUUCUCUCAAGGUAACAUGAUUAGACACUUAAAGAAAGAAGAAAUGGACCAAUACAAAAAGUAUAAGAAAGAGCUAGCCUCCUUUAAUUCGAUCAUCAGCGAAGCUUUCAAGAAAGCAGAAGAAAAUGACGGGAAAAAUGUGACGGUCCCACCAAUGCCAAAACGUCCAUCUCUUCCAAGUUUCUGCACUGGCGCUGACACCACAAUGUACAUUUUUGGAGCGUGUUCGGUGCAGAACAAUAAAGUCUACGUUGGACAUACAUUUGCAAGAGAAUUGGACGACAAGGAAAAAGUCAAGCUUUACGAAUUCGCGAAGAAAUUGUCAGCAGUUACGCCGGGAACUACUCCACCAGCUGAUAUUUACAAGGGUCUCGAGUUCUGCACCGAACUUUAA